AUGCAUCUUCUGAAUCCCUUUGCGGCUCUCUUCUUGAGCACAACUUUUGCUGGCCAUGCAAACGGCGCAGCCGUAACAAGCCAGCUAUCGACCGAAAACGCCGACACUCCGUUCACAGAUCUCGGCUUAUCCGCUCAGUUCUGGGCCAAAAUGAGCGCGUAUUGUGCCCAGAGGGCACCAAAGCGUGAUACCUCCCAAUCAGUGACCGAGGCCAGCAUGCCCGAUGGUUACGAUCUGGUUAAGCCCGAUGCCUUCAAGUCUUACCCCCAAGUAAUCAAGUGGGAUGGCGCCUGGACUGAGCAUCUAGUGACCUGUUACGGGCUAGUUGUUGUUGGUGACAGUGUUAAGCCGACCGACAAGGACAAGCUGCUGGCUCACUUCUUCGCGAUCGACCACUCGAUGGAUACACUCUGGAAUAAGAUCAAGGCGGAGAUUGGAAGCCAGGGCCAGAAGAACUUGAGGGCUUGGCUGAGCGCGCCGGAGGUUGCCACUGCCUACCCAGACCUACCCAAGGCGGAUAUACAGAAGUUAGAAGAUAAAAUGAAGGCAGUUAUCAAAAGCUUCACUGGCAAGGACGCGACGGUUAGGCAUCACAACAUGCAAGAUGUACCUAAUGGAAAGGGGGAUAUUGGUACCAUGCAACUCAACAACGAGGACAAGUCUGUCAAAAUUGACGGCAAACUCGUUCCAUUUGGGGGUUAG